AUGGGAUUCCAGGUUCUAUCAUGUGAACAACUCAAGAAGAAUCUUGAUUAUAAUGACUUUGUACAUCCUAUAUUGAUUGGUGCAGGACAGAGCGCUCUCCACCGAGUUCAGUCACGUUUCAAUGUGACCAUCGAAUUCCCUAGCCGCUUAGCCAAGGGUGCAGCCGGUAAUACAGUGAUCGUUAUGGGUGAACAAUCCAACGUUGACGAGGCUUGUGACUACCUUAUCAAUCGGGCUAAUGAUCUGGUUAGUCUUUCUUUUUCAGCCGAGUAUACUAAAAUGGACACCUGUAUUUCAGAAACGAACUAA